GUUAUGUUUGUCAAGGCUAUUCUACUUCUUUCUAUUGCGGUCGCCUACGCCUCCGCCGAUUGUCUCCAUUGCAUCUGCAUGAGAGAGUCCGGAUGUAAGCCGAUCGGAUGUCACAUGGAUGUUGGAUCGCUUUCUUGUGGAUAUUAUCAGAUUAAAAUCCCAUACUACGAAGACUGCGGUCAACCUGGCAAGAAGCACGGAGAAUCAACUGAAGUUGCCUGGAAGAGAUGUGCUGACGAUCUUAAGUGUGCUACUAAUUGUGUUGAGAACUACUACAACCGCUACAAGCAUGAAUGUGCCGGAACUGGACAGGGAGCUUGCGAGGUGAUGGCCCGUAACCAUAAUGGAGGACCACGUGGAUGCCACGCGUCAGGAACCUUGGGAUACUGGAAGGGAGUUCACAGCUGCUGCGGAUGUUCUUAAUUUCACCAGAUUUUCUAUCUUUUCAGUGUAUACAAGUUGUAUUUGAAAAUAAACAGAGCAAUCAUCAAA